GCGGCAAGUGGCAGGUCCCGASGUCGCCGCUUCCGUCCGCGCCGGCKGCGGUGCUCUCUGCUUCUGUCCUUGAUCUUUGGUGUCGUUUGUGGGCGCCAGGGCCGCAGCAGUCAUGGUGAACUUACUUCAGAUUGUGCGUGACCACUGGGUUCAUGUACUCGUCCCUAUGGGAUUUGUUGUUGGAUGUUAUCUAGACAGAAAGAAUGAUGAAAAACUGUCUACCUUCCGCAACAAGAGUAUGUUGUACAGAAGGGAAUUGAGGCCCAAUGAAGAAGUUACCUGGAAGUAAAGACUGUGGCUGAAUCACAGAAUAUUCACAUUUUAAAAGUUAUGGUACAAAUAAAACCAUGUUUA